AUGUUAAGUCGAACUCGUUCACAACAGAGCGACACAGUGGCAAAGUGACGAUGUUUGCGGUGAAUGGGGGGUGAGAAAAACGUACAAAGUCAGAGCAGAAAGCAGAGUGGGAGAAGUCUUUUAUCGCUUUCGCAACGCACAGUUCAAAUUAGUGAAAAUAUUAUAAAUCGUAUAUGCGCCCGCUGCAUUCCCCUCCCCAAAUUCACACAAAGCAACACCAGCAAUAGCAACAACAACAACAACAACAGUAAUAGCAACAACGGCAACAACAACAGCUAAAAAUUGACCAUGAACAACGGAUUCAGCACCGGCGAGGAGGACUCGCGAGGCGGCCACACGGACCAAACAUGCUGCCUGAUCGACGAUAUGGAGAGAUGCCGCAAUCAGGCCGGCUACGCCAGCUACAGCAAGCGGAUACAGAAGACGGUCGCACAGAAGCGACUCAAGCUGAGCAGCGAUCCAAGUGCGCAGCACAUUUAUAUCUGCGACUAUCACAAGGAGCGCAUCCAGUCGGUGCGAACGAAGCGGCGACGCAAGGACAGUGAAGAUGACAGCAACGAAACGGACACCGAUUUGCCAAACUUCCCCGAUCUGUACCAGCUGCAUGUGUCCACGCUGCGUCGCUACAAACGCCAUUUCAAGGUGCAGACACGGCAGGGCAUGAAGCGUGCCCAGUUAGCGGAUACUAUUAUGAAGCACUUUAAGACAAUACCCAUAAAGGAGGAAUCCGAGAUCAUAACGUACUUCGUGUAUAUGGUCAAAAUGGGCUCCAAUAAAUUGGACCAGAAGAACGGCAUUGGCAAUGAUACCACUUGAACGCAACUCUGUCAGCUGCCGCGGUAUCGCUAUCGCGCUCGUUAUCGUUAUCGCUAUCGUUAUUAACGCCGGCUGCUGAAUAACAGCGCUAGCUGUCCCUCUCACACUCACACUCAGUCACAGUCACACAAACUAUGCGUACAGUGAAAUCGAAUCAGCCGCAAUUGAAACAAAACUAUAUUUUCUGCUUUCGUUUCGCUGAUUAUUAUUUUUACCAUUUCGGUCGAUUCAUUUUCAAAAUUGUAUAUUUGCCAUACACACAAAUGUUGCAUGAGGCUCGUGCCGCAGGUUCGGCCCUGUUCAUUGAGUGGUAAAAAUGUUCGUCAUUUAUGGCGCUUUAGAGUAAAGCAAUAAUUAGGAUUUUUUAUAAAGAAUUUUACAAUUUUACAACUUUACAAUUUUUGAGACUUAAAUGAAAUUAGAAAUACGAAAAUGUUCUUCAACUGCGGCUAUUUAGCUUCACUGUACUUCGUUGCGCUGUCUAUUAACCGAAUGCCCCAAAUAUCCCUAUACACACACACACUUACCUAGACUCUGACACACACACAGGAACAACAAAACACUACUGGUGCUCCCAAAAUAGUAUAAAAGGAAAAAUGUUGCAAUGAAAGAAACAUAAGAAAAAGUUUGAAUAGUAAUAGUAGCGUUCGUUGUUAAUAGCUCUUUAUACAAAAAAAAAAAAAAAAGAAAAAAACAAACAAAAAAAAGAAACACAAACAAAUUUUACAUAGUUAUUAAUGCUAUGUAUACCAAGGAUGACCCAGUUUUGGGGCCAAAAAAAAAAAAAAAAAAAAAAAAAAAAAAAAAAAAAAAAAA